ACGACACGAACGGCAGGGAGAGAAUGGCGCACAAUUCCAGGUAAAGGAGAACCUCAGGGCCAAGGAUGGCAGUGAACCUAUAAAGACCAUGCUUUCACUGCCCUGGACACAUGGCCAAAGGAUUGAUCAUCACCUACGCACUGUGGGCCAUUGGGGGUCCACUGGGACUUCAUCACAUAUACCUGGGUCGGGAUAGCCAUGCUUUGCUAUGGCUGCUCACUCUGGGUGGCUUUGGAGUGGGCUGGGCCAGGGAAUUCUUCCGUCUCCCGGCUUAUGUGAACCAGGCAAACCAAGAAGCUUCCAGAAAGAAGUACCGUACAGCCAGACCACCGGUAAACUUGAUCCGAUUUGCUGGCCAGGUCUGUGUGGGAAUCUACUUUGGUGUGGUUGCCCUGGUUUGCCUGAACUCUCUUAGCUUCUUCUACCUCUUGGUGUUACCGCUGUGUGUUGGCGCUGGGGUCCACUUGGUGGCUUCUGUCGGCACGGAGACAUCAGAUCUACAGAAGAUCCUCACUGCUUGUGUCGUCACUUCACCCAUCUUUUACGGAAGUAGAUUUUCUCCGUUACCCAUUAGCCUGGCAGCCAGUGUCACGGCUGUCAAGCACCGCAGGUUCAAAGAGCCUCGCUCAUCUCCCCCCAGACAGCUUGGUCCUCGACUCUACCUCCUGGGAUUAGGUUGGCUGGCUUUCUCAGCCCCUCUGGGAUACUUUGUUUUCCACAAUACCACUGCCACCAUUUUCUACCUGUCAGACUGCAUGUCGGCAGUGCUGGAUGCGCUGUGGUUCUUUCCCUGGCUCCAGGGGCUACUUGAGUACCUUCUGCUACUGCCAUAUAGGAUCCUGUGUGCCCUGACCGGAGCUGGGUAUCCAGAGGAAAGUUGGAAGAAGGUGCUGGAGAUCCUCCUUAGGGAGUAUAGCCAGAAAGAGAAAGAGGCGUUGGAAGUUUUGUCAGUGAGUGAGGAGGCCUCUCUGGAGGAGAUUACCCACAGUUACAGGGAGCUGGUGAAGGUGUGGCACCCUGAUCACAACCCCAACCAGAUGACCGAGUCCCAGCAGAUGUUCAUGCGGAUCCAGGAUGCCUAUGAGACUUUACUGCAAAGGCACAAAGGGCCCCAGAGACAUAAGUCUUUAUAACCAGCCAAAAGUUGAAAGGACACACUAAUAAUAUUAAUUUGAUACACAUGUGGAUAUCUCCUUUCAAUCCGAUGCUGAGAUCGUUGGUAGUUUCCAGCUGGAAGUGACACAUAUCUUGAGCGGUAAUGAAGAAGCAGUAAUGAAUUGAAGAUUGGUGCCUCAACCGUCCGUAUCCACAUUUAAAAAAACGGAGUUACAAAUAUUCUUUUGAAAUGACAAUAAAUUGUCGACCAAUUUUACAACGUGACAAUUCAAAAGCAAAAA